AUCACGCUAGAGCUACGCGAUGUAUAAAAGACCGGGAGCAGAUCUCGUCCGCACAGUCUACACUGCUAGCGCCUGCGACGUGACGGAUGCAGACAAUAAGAAUAUGAACAGGAUUCUGGUGCUGGGUGCGGCUGUUGUGUUGGCAGUGCAGCUUAUGGCGUGCCAUGGAGUCAUAUUGGCGGGCCCCCCGUUCACUCUGUACGGCCCCAACGGCACGGUGAUCUACAGUCCACCACAGCAUAACCUUUACAACCCCUUCCUCAACCCUCAACGCGAACUGCUGCUUGCUUCUCAAUCCGCCUAUCCUCAGUCUGGCUAUGUGCAGAUCGCCUACCCUCAAAUCGACUACUUUGGAUGAAGGGAGGUGGGACGCUCCUGACGUGGUCAGAAACGGAAAUGAAAUUUCCCAUCGGCCUGCGAGUCACCACUGCAGACCUCCACUCCGCACUCAAACUGCAGAAUACGAUUGACAUUCUACUUCCCUGUCUUAGUAAACAUCUUAUUUAACUGAAAUCUCCUGUCGCAGGUCGAGUAACGCGUGCCACAAUAGUAAUAAAUGCUUUUACACAUA